CGCCUCAAACACACGCGACUAUCUACUCACUAACGCCGUCCGAUCUAUGGCCGUGAACUGAGAGGCCGACCCUGUUAGGAUAUCGCGAUAGUCGGUGGAGAUGGAGGACAGCCAUAUCCUGGGUGACGAUCUGCCGCUCCCACCGGCACGACUGUUCGAGCGGCUGGCACAUUUGCCCGGGUACACAUGGGAUCAGUCGGUCGAGCCGUUCCAUUCGACAUACAACCACUGGCAUGUUUUCGGUCUUCGUCAUGCCGCCGAGUCGGACGUUUCCACACCCGCCGCGACCUCGUCGGGCCCAUCGAGCCUGGCUCGCAAUUCCCCGCGCACCGAAUCCCGACCCCCGUUUCGGCAUCACUGGAGGAGCAGCUUAAGCGAAUCCAGUAGCGAGCUGUCGCUGUCCCGCAUCGAUCACGAGGCAAUCUGGAUCCCAGUGGUGGCUCGGGUCUCGUCUCACGUCGUGAGACUUGAGCGCGAGUUUCAUAUGCUUAGAUCGAUUGUACAGACCUCGGAUCCGGACUGCAACCAUACGAUACGCCCUAUAGACCUCAUACGCCUUCCGCCAGACCCCGGUGAUGUCGGCCCUCUACUCGUCGCCAUUUUCGAAUCGCCUGGCCCGAACAUGAUGCAGGAAAUGGUCGCGUUCGGGCCCGCGUGGUUUGCAGUUGGCGGCAGGCCCGACAGCAACGAACCGACUCCCGGCGAGCAGGUAUCUCUUGCGGUAUUCCUCGACUUCGCGAUCGGCGCAUGUGAUGCCCUCGAACUCUUACACUAUGGCCUGAAGACAGUGCACGGCGAAAUUCGCGGAGAUGCCUUCCACUUCAACCGCGAGACGGGGCUAGUGAAGCUGACCAACACGGGAAAUGGCGCAAGGUCCUUCGACAACAUACUGAGCGAGGGGUGGUCGUCUCUCUCAAGAGAGCUGGGUGUCAAAAACAAACUGCAGUUCAUCGCGCCGGAACAGACGGGAAGAAUGCCCACUGAACCUGAUAGCCGGACUGAUAUAUAUGCGCUAGGAGUGCUGUUUUGGACAAUGUUGGUGGGCAAACCGGCGUUCACAGGAAGCGACCCGGUCGAAGUCGUCCAGAAUGUCCUCGGGAAAAAGCUUGCACCGGUUUCAGCGAAGAGAAUGGAUGUGCCCGAUGCCGUCUCGGCGGUCAUCCAGAAGAUGACACAAAGGUCGGUCAAUGAGCGGUACCAUACUAUAUCCUCUGUGAAGCGUGAUUUGGCGCAAAUAUCCGAACUGCUCGGAGAUGGCGAUAGCGAGGCAUUGAAAGAAUUCCAGAUUGCUCAGCGUGAUGUGUCGUCUUUCUUUACACUACCCUCCCGGAUGUUCGGUCGGCGAGAAGAAUAUGACAAGAUUAUAAGUGUCGCCGAGAAGGUCUCCAGACGUCAACACUCUGCGUAUGCGAGGGCAGCCGCGCAAACCUCCAGCGGCAUUGGUUCCAACUCCUCCAUGUCAGACGGCCGUGUUGAUAGCUUUGAAAUUGCAUCGGCCUCCAGCGACUCAGAGUCCUUCAAUCUUGCCUCUAGGGCAGCGUCCAACGGUGCCCCUUGUAACCUAGGACGUGUGUCAACCCACGAAUCCUUGCAUAGCACGGAUUCUUCUCUCUCAACCCCCAAGCCUGGAAACUCAUCGGGCAAAGCCAAGAGCCCGGUGGAGUCUCGGGCAUCGUGGGAUAAUGGAGACAGGGAUAGUCCUUCUGUGGGUACCAGCACGCAGAGCCACGGGGAGUCUCUGGGAUCGGUAACCAGACCUAAGGCUGCACAUAAACUUCGUCGCGUCGGAAAAUGCGAGAUAAUCACCAUCAGCGGCUCCGCAGGCAUUGGGAAAACGGAUCUUCUGAACCGCGUCCAGCCGGCCAUCCGUAAACUUGGCUACAUUGGCAUAGCUCGUCUGGAUCGAGCUAGACGGAUCCCGUUUGAACCUUUUGCCAAGAUUUUGGCUAGUCUUCUUCGACAAAUAUUCUCUGAACGCGAUGUGACCACCGAGUACCACAACAAUAUCCGCACAGCCUUAAGACCGAUGUGGCCAACGUUACAUCGCGUCCUGGAGCUCCCCGAGCAGCUUAUGUCCUCUGGGGGAAACGAUAAGCAGAUUUCGCCCAGGCUUUCCGCAGCUCAGCAUAUCUUCAAAGAAGUCUCUACGAAAGGCGAACCAUCCAAGCGUAUCGCACUGCCUCGUCUCGAUCAGGGACAAAGCUCUGUGGAUUUCUUUCUUUCCAAUGCAGCGUUAAAGAAUAUGCGGUUGAUGGAGACGUUCCUAGAGAUUUUGAGGACCCUGUCUCAAUACAGGUUGAUAUGUGCAUGUGUGGACGAUCUACACUAUGCCGAUGACGAGACCCUUGAAUUGAUCAUGAACAUUGUGAAAGCGAAAUUGCCUUGCGUUCUGAUACUCACGAGUCGGAAAUCAGAACUAGAAUCCGACACCAUCAAGUCGCUAUUUGAGUCUGCAAAUCCCAGCGUGACCAGAGUUGUGCUCAAGCCACUGGGAGAAGAAGAGAUCAUGCAAGUAGUGGCAGCUACGAUGCAUCAAGCGCCCAACCCGAUGCUAACACCCCUCGCCGCCGUUAUCCAGGAAAAGAGCAUGGGCAACCCGUUUUUCGUGCGCAUGAUGCUCGAAACCUGUUACAGCAAGAACUGCAUCUGGUAUUCAUGGAAAAAUUCUGUCUGGGAGUUCGACCUGGAUCGGAUCUUCACUGAGUUUGUGGCACCCAGGUACGGCGAAGGGCUGGGACUGGGAUUCAUUGCGAGGCGUCUUCAGGAGAUCCCGCCGGCGGCCAGGUCCAUCAUGGUCUGGGGUGCCUUGCUGGGAAGUCCGUUCGCGUUCUCGUUGGUACAAAAGCUCCUUACCAGCGAGUUCCUGUAUUCCAGCGAGGACGACGAAGCUGUGGAUCUCACAUGCCCGCAAAAUGCAAAUCUAAUACGACAGACGGAAGCCGAUAUGGUCGUUGGUUUGCAGUAUCUUGUGCAAGCGAACCUCAUGAUUCCCGGAAAGACGGAUGAUGAGUUCAGGUUUGUCAACGAUCGGUUUUCGCAAGCUGCCCUGUCUUUGACCGAGGGCCGAAAUGUCGAGAAGAUGCAUUUCAUCAUAUCCCAAGCCAUGAUGAAGUACUACCACGACGGACGCAGUCGCUAUGCGAUGGCACGACACGUGGCUCUUGCUUCCCGGAUAAUCAAAUCCCGCGUCGUUGAACGGCUUGAAUAUAGGAAGAUUCUUUGGGACGCUGCCCAGACUGCUGCGCAAUCGGGUGCGCGACCUACUGCGCUUUGGUAUUUCCGCCAUUGCAUUACCUUCCUCCAAGACGACCCCUGGGAUGACAACAACACCGAUGUCUACUACCGCGAAACUCUGCGGCUGCAUAUUGCCACAGCUGAAAUGUCAUGGUCUCAAGGCCACAAUACCGAGGCCUUGGAUCUCCUGGACAAAGUGUUCGAACAUGGGAAGAGCGCCGUGUGCAAAUCACGGGCGUGGAUCGUGAAGGCCAAGAUAUAUGCCCAGAUGGGCAACCAUCUUCGCUCGAUGGACUCGCUCCUUACGUGCCUGGAAGAGCUUGGCGUGCAUCUCCGAGAGCCCACAACCUACGAGGAAUGCGACGCUGCAUACCGGAACCUCGGCGCGUAUCUCGAGAAGGCAGAUCUGGAGGCGAUUGUCCGUAAGCCUGUCAGCAAGGACGUUGACAUGAUAACUAUCGGAGAGGUCAUGGCCGAGGCUAUGGCUGUCACAUACUGGGAUGAUGCCUUGACGUUCUAUCGGAUGGCCAUUGAAAUGAUGAACCUCCACCUCUUCAAGGGUGGCUUCGUACAGAUAUCUAUAGGCUGCUCGCAUCUUGCGAUGAUCUCCUUCAGUCGCUUCCGGGACUUGGCACUGACUGUGAAGCUGAGUGAUUAUGCGCUCACUCUCCUUGAGCGGUGCCCGGAGCCGUGGACCCAAAGUCGGGGCUCUAUUGUGCAUAACCUGUAUGUGGGUCACCUGCGGGUUCCGCUGUCAUCGACGCUCCCUGCUCUUGAGAAUUCCGUCGAGACAUCCUUUUCGAUGGGUGAUCCGUACAUCACACUGAUCAGUCUCUCUUCGAUGGCAAUGACGAGGCUUUUCUUGGGCCAUGACAUGGCCCAGGUGGAGGCAUUCUGCAAUGAAAGCCCGGAAGACAUCCCUGACUGGGUAAACGAUACUCGUGGUGGCGCCAGUCUUCUUGCAGUGAGACAAGUAGCGCGCGCUCUACAAGGGAAAACAUCCUGCCGCUAUGCAGACCUUAUCAUGUCUGAUGAGCAUCACCAUACAUAUGAGUAUAUUGCUUUCCUUGACAAUAAUGCCAGUAACGCCGACCGACCGCGCGACAUCUAUUGGGGACUGGCCAUGAUUCCCCUGUUCGCUUACGGGCAUCACACUCGAGCCAUCGAAGUGGGAAUGCACAUGAUGGAUACAAUGCCCAGACUGUGGUCUGCGCGUGUCUCAUACAUCGUUUAUUUCUAUCUCGCACUGUCCCUCUUGACGCUCCACAACGAGUACCCUGCUCGCGGGUAUCUCGACGAAGGCUUGCAGACGGUGUUGAAUUAUAAAGCCGAAGUUGACGUUGCGCGAAGUGCCUGUGAUGCAAACUACGGGAUGUGGUCGCUGAUAUUGGAGGCCUUGAUCUGCGAAGUGCGGAAUGAUCACACUUCGGCCAUUCAAGCUUUCGAGGCUGCGAUCGAUCACUGUCAGAUUCAUGGGUGGCCGCUGGAGGAAGCUCUUGCUCUCGAACUGCAUGGAGAGUUCUUGAUCCGACGUGGCGCCAAGCGGGCGGCGCGUUCUGUAAUGCAGGACGCCAUCGCCGCGUGGGCCGCGAUAAGUGCCGUGGGCAAGGCAGCGCAGCUGACCGAGAAACACGAGUGGCUAUUGAAAACCGCCACGUCCUCGAGAAACGUCGAUGUUGGCUGUCAGACCGUGGACUCACUUCUUGGGAUCAAUCGCAACACUGGACAGGAACACAUGGGUGUACCACCAGCGAUGGAUGAAGACGAUAGGAAACAGCGUUGGAUAGAGCAAAACGGCGUCACUACGGGUGAACGCUCGUUGGAUAUCUCAGGAGUUGGCCUCGAUAUCAUCGACCUGUCAAGUAUACUUGAAUCUAGUCAAGUCAUGUCGUCCGAACUUCAGAUCGACAAGCUGUUGACGAAGAUGAUUGAAAUCGUGCUGGAAUCCUGCAAUGGCUCGGACUCCGCAGUCAUUGCGACCAACUUCGACAACCACUUUACGGUGGCUGCGGCCGGAGACCUGGAGAAGGGACAGCGAUCGUUUGUUGAUGGCCUCCCGUUCUCCGAGAUUGAGGAUAAGAUGGCCCACCAGAUCCCUCACUACGUCAUGCGCACGAGAGAGGAAGUUCUGGUCCAUAAUGUUCUGGAGGACGAGCGUUUCUCGAACGUCAACGAGGCCUACCAAGCCAGAUAUCCCCUCGGAAGGUCAGUCAUCGCACUGCCGAUCAUGCAGGCGGAGCAUCUCCUCGGAGUGAUCCAUAUUGAAGGGAAGCCGAAUUCCUUCACCCAACGAAACGUCGUGGUACUGCACUUGCUCUGCAACCAGAUCGGCAUCUCGCUCUCCAAUGCAUUACUCUUCCGGGAAGUCCGCAAAGUCAGUGCCACAAACGCUUCGAUGGUUGAGGCGCAGAAGCGGGCAUUGGCUCAGGCGCGCGAGGCGGAGCAAAAGGCCAAGGUGGCCGAGGCUGAAGCGAAGCACAAUGUCAAACUCAAGGAAGACGCCGCCAAGGCCAAGUCCGUCUUUUUGGCCAACAUCUCCCACGAUCUGCGGACACCGAUGAACGGCGUCAUCGGCCUUUCGGAACUCCUCAAGGGAACAAGACUGGACAAAGAGCAGGAUGAAUACGUGGAGUCGAUUCGGGUGUGUGCCGACACGCUGCUGACGUUGAUCAACGACAUUCUGGACUUCUCCAAGCUGGAGGCAGGAAAGAUGAAGAUAUCCACCGUCCCGCUCAACAUCCGAGAAACGAUAUCGGAGGUGGUUCGCGCGCUUCGCUACACGCAUCGGGAUCGAGGUCUGGAGACCAUCGAGGACUUGGACAAAGUGCCACCGGACCUUGUGGUCCUCGGCGACCCCGUUCGCCUACAUCAGAUCUUCAUGAACCUUCUCAGCAACAGUUACAAAUUCACCCCCAAGGGCUCUGUAACCGUCAAGGCGCGGGUCACCCGGGAAGGCAAGGGACGCAUCCGUCUCGAAUGCUCAGUAUCGGACACAGGAAUCGGCAUCUCCGAAGAGCAAAAGUCGCGGCUCUUCCGACCAUUCUCGCAAGCCGACAACUCGACGGCGCGGUCCUACGGCGGCAGCGGGCUGGGAUUGAGCAUCUGCAAAGCGAUCAUUGAAGACGUUCUCGGCGGCGCUAUCUGGCUCGAUUCGACCUCCGGGGUUGGCACAACCGUGACCUUCCACCUAGCGUUCAACAAAGUCAAAGACCCGAUCGCCAAGGCCGCCAAAUCCAAGAUUCCCAGCCAGAUCGAGAACAAGGCCCCCGUUCCGAUCGCGCGCGACCUGACGAUGGUUCCACGCGACCAGAUCCGGGUCUGCAUCGCGGAAGACAACCCGAUCAACCAGAAAAUCGCGGUCAAGUUCGUGACGGGCCUCAACCUGCAAUGCGAAGCGUACAGCGACGGGCAACAAGCGGUCGACGCUCUCCGGUCGCGCUCCCGCGACGGCACCCCAUUCCACGUCGUCCUGAUGGACGUGCAAAUGCCCACGCUGGACGGAUACAACGCGACGCGCGAGAUCCGGAAGGACCCGGACCCCAACGUGAACGAAGUGCUCGUCAUCGCCAUGACGGCCAGUGCCAUCGAGGGCGAUCGCGAGAAGUGUCUCGGCGCCGGAAUGAACAACUACCUCCCCAAACCCGUCCGCUCCACCAUCCUCAGCGAGAUGCUCGAUCAGUAUCUCGCCCCCGUGCCGACGUACACGCGCACCCGCCUGGCGCAUCGUGAGCGCGGGAGCGUCAGCACCGAGGCCGGUACCCCCAAGAGUCACUCCGUCUCGCCCAAUAUCAAUGGUCAGGUCAUCACGUUGACCGCCGAAGAGGAGACCCAGUUGCAGGAUGGCAGGCCGAUAGAAAAUUAGAUUUCGCAAGUUAUUAGGUGAUACCCUGAGAAGAGAAGAGAAGAGAGCUGAAAAGAGAUGCAUUCGUGACCCCCUCCCCUCCUGCGUGCCUUGCGUCCGUAGACACGGCGAUCCCCUCUUCCCUGCAUGAGUGCGGAUGGGUUCACCUCCACCCACUCCUUUCCACAAUUGGCGUCGCGAGAACAGUCGAGUUGAUUCCUUCGAACAGGGAUACAUAUUCCAUAUACAGUGUGCUUUGAAUACCCACAAGAUACCACCACGAAAAGCAUCAGACGGGAAAGGGGAGGGAGGGAGGG